UCCAAGUCGUGAUCUGGAGGGGUUAAAGGAAACUCCCAGUUUUGUGAUAAUUAAUAUUCCAUAUUUAAUUGAAUUUAUAAAUAUUCGCUUUAAUAGGCAAAUGAGUUUAGGACUCCUUUUGUCUGCAGCCGCCUGCUGGCACACAUGAUCCCUGCUUUAUUAGAAAGGAACAAGGUUGGUGAGGGGUUGGAGGGAGAGUGUUCAUCUGUGCUCAGGUUCCAUUCUGGAGGAACUGGGAUCCGCCUGAAGAUGAGACAGCAAUGUGAGUUUGAGCGCCGUGCCUCGUGAGGAGAGAGAAGAAGGGAGGGGGCAAAAAAAUAAAGCUGGGACCUAAAAGGAAAGUCCCCUUAUUUUUGCUUUAUUGUAUCUAUACUGCGGAGUGAGGUGAGCAACCUGUUGUAUUAGAUCGGCUGACUAGAUAAAGAUACAGCCAGAGAGAGAGACAUUCACACAGGACAGGCGGAAGGGGCGGAUGGACGGACCGAGUGAAAAGAAAGCUUUCCCUUUCUGGUGAAGGAGAUCGAGGAUGGCAACCCUGGGCACGGAGAGUUUCAGGAGCGGCACUCCAACCCAGACACCAGAUGGGAACGUGGUGAUGAACUUCAGCUUUGAUGGAUAUCCACUGGAAGAGGACGAGAUUCAGAUCAAGGAAAGGCAGAGGCAGAGGCAAGGCAGUGGGAUGUCCAUAGUCAAUGAACCAGAUGUUGAAUCACAGCCCAGGGAUGGCUAUCAUGGCAUCUACUUUGCAAUGCUUCUGGCUGGAGUUGGAUUCCUACUGCCUUACAACAGCUUCAUCACAGAUGUAGAUUAUCUACACCAAAAAUAUCCAGGAACAUCCAUUGUGUUUGACAUGAGUCUCACCUACAUUCUUGUUGCUCUGAUUGCUGUGAUUUUAAACAAUGCACUGGUGGAACUACUCAGCUUACAUACCCGCAUUACUGUUGGUUACCUGUUUGCUUUGGGUCCUCUUAUGUUUGUGAGCAUCUUCGAUGUUUGGCUGGAGCUGUUCACAGUACAUCAGGCAUAUGGCAUCAACCUGGCAGCAGUGGGGGUUGUGGCUUUUGGCUGCACAGUGCAGCAAUCGAGUUUCUAUGGUUACACAGGGAUGCUGCCCAAACGAUACACACAAGGGGUGAUGACUGGUGAAAGCACUGCUGGUGUCAUCAUUUCUCUCAGCAGAAUUUUUACCAAACUCCUGCUUCCAGAUGAAAGGAAAAACACCAUUAUCUUCUUCUUCAUUUCAAUCGGAAUAGAGAUGAUGUGUUUCAUCUUGCAUUUGCUGGUGAAAAGAACAAAGUUUGUGCGUUAUUACACUGCUCAUAGUAGCAAGGGUCAUGAACGUCUAAAGGGCAAAGGUCAUGUGGAUCAGGGCCCUGGUUACCGGGUCCACCAUAAUGUCAAUACAGAGGAAGUAAGAUUUGAAAAUGGUACAAUGGAGAGUCCACAGUCGGAUGGGGCAGAGCAAGAUGUUCCAGUGACUGCAGCCUACAUGAGGUUUGAUGCACCAAGGUCAAAGCUGAGGAGAAACUGGCCAAGUUUCAGAGAUAUCAUUCUACACCGGUAUAUUGUGGCAGGUGUUAUUUGGCCUUACAUGCUUUCCAUCGCUCUAACAUAUUUCAUCACCCUCUGCCUCUUUCCUGGACUGGAGUCUGAAAUUCGUAACUGCACACUAGGAGAAUGGCUGCCCAUUCUCAUCAUGGCCAUCUUUAACCUCUCUGAUUUUGUGGGAAAGAUUCUUGCAGCUUUACCUUAUGACUGGAAAGGACUUCACCUCCUUGCCUGUUCCUGCACCCGAGUUAUAUUCAUCCCACUCUUUCUGCUGUGCGUGCUCCCAAGUGACCGGCCUGUUUUCAGUCACCCAGCCUGGCCGUGUGUUUUUUCUUUGCUAAUGGGAAUUUCAAAUGGCUAUUUUGGUAGUGUGCCCAUGAUCUUGGCAGCUGGCAAAGUCAGCCCAGAGCAGAGAGAGCUGGCAGGUAACACCAUGACUGUGUCCUACAUGUCUGGACUAACUCUAGGAUCUGCAGUGGCCUACGUCACAUUCAGCUUGACCAGUAUGUCUCACACUUCAUGUAUUCACACUGAAACAAUCAACGGUUCUUUCACCACAGGACUCUAAACAAAGGCUCUCUUCACAAUCUCACUAGGGGGUAAAUGAAGAAAUACUAAGGGGUAUUUAAAUCAUCCUUCAGAAACAUUGCUUGUUGCGUGCCAUCUCAGAUACAUAGACUACUUUCCCCAAUCUGUCUGGAACUUCGUUUCGGCUGUGCCUGUCCUAUAGGAUUAGAUGGGAUCUUCAGAAUGGAUAAGAAAAGAGUUUGAAGAUGCCUCAGGAAGAAAUGUCACUCAUUGAGAUCAUGGAUAGGCUUUUCUCUUGACUUUACUUAAAACGUUAGAGUCCUAAAACUUUAUCUAAGAGUGCCUGGUCAUUACCAUUUUUUGUUUGUCUGUAAGCAUCAACCAUUUCACAGUAUGUAUGUCCACUUACAGAAGGACUUCUUUCUUCUUGGUAACUGAAUGUGGCUUUUGUGACUAGCUUGGAAGAAGUGAGAGAGGAAGUUGUAAUUCUCUGAGGUAAUAUUCAGUAGUAUUUUUCACAAGAGGUUAAUUGGCUUAUCAUGUUUUGUUGAUGACUGCUUUAUAGUAUAUUUGCACCACAUUUCUUAAAAAAAACACCAAAAAUUAUGCUCUGUACAUUCAUCAGAAUGUACUUGCAUAUGGCUUUAAUCUUGUCCUGUAUUUUGUUCUAUAAUAAUUCAGUGGAGACUGUCAAUCGUGAACAUAAACAUAGUGAGACUCUUUAGAGUGAAAAAAAAAUUCAUUUAUAGUGUAGCUAAACACUUCAGCACUCUAGUCUGGUAACAGUAAGUAUAAGAGUCCUGAUGUUUCAGUAUCCAAUGAAUGAUGGGGUAUGCCCCCAUAUCAAACUGGAAGGAUGCUUGUCAUUCUUUCUGAGCCCAAUAAAUGUACUUUUUUAAAGACCUUCUCUGCAAUUUAUCUUCAAGGAGUUCUGUCCCAGGUUAGUAAGCUUUGAAGUCUACAAUGUCACAUUAGCGUCCUACCUUCUUUAAUUGAAAGUAAAUAAACACAUGAAAGAUAAAGUAGAUUAUGCUGACAGAAAGAUGAACUAAGGUCACAGCAGUUAGUGACACUGCCUUACAACUCCAGUAAUCCAGGUUCAAUCCUGACCACGGGUGCUGUCUGUGUGGAGUUUGCACAUUCUCACUGUGACCACAGGGGUUUCCCUUGGGUGAUUUGGUUUUCUCUCACAUCCCAAAGACAGGUUAGUAGGUUAAUUGAUCACUGUAAAUUACCUCUUAGUGUAGGUAAGUGGCAAAAAGAAUCAAAGGGAAGUUGAUGGGCAUGUGAGUGGGAGCAAGGUGCAGGAUUACUGGGAAAUAAGAAGGGACUGGGAUGGGACUGAUGGGAUUACUCUGCUAGGAGCCUAUAUACGGACCUGAUGGACUAAAUGGACUCUUUCUGUGUCUUAAUGAGUAAGAACAAGAGUGGGGGGCGGGGGUGGCUUGAAUAUAAAAAAAGUACUGCAGAUGUUGGAAAUCUGAAAUAAAAAACAGAAAAUGCUGAAAACAACAGGUCAGACAACAUCUGUGGAAAGAGAGACAGAAUUAAUGUUUCAGGUCUGAGACCUGACAUAAGAACUCAAUGAGAAGGGGCAUAUCUGGAGCAUUAACACCAGCAGGGAUUUGAUGGGCCAAAUGGUCUCUUUCUGUGCUGCACAUUUUAAUUCUGAAAGUUUGUUCAGGGGAGCUCUUUGAUCCUUAAGGUUUAUGACCGGAUGAGGUUAAAGUGGAUUGAUGAGGAGGAUUGGAGGGUGGCGAAUGUUGUCCCCUUAUUCAAAAAGGAUAGUCCAGGGAAUUACAGACCGGUGAGCCUUACAUCUGUGGUCGAUAAGCUGUUAGAAAGGAUUCUAAGAGAUAGGAUCUAUGAGCAUUUGGAGAAACAUGGACUGAUUAGGGACAGCCAGCACGGCUUUGUGAAGGGAAGAUCUUGCCUCACAAGCCUGAUAGAGUUCUUUGAGGAGGUGACCAGGAAGAUUGAUGAGGGUAGUUCAGUGGAUAUGGUCGACGUGGAUUUUAGUAAGGUGUUUGACAAGGUUCCGCAUGGUAGGCUUCUUCAGAAUGUCAGAGGCCAAGGGAUCCGGGGAAGCUUGGCCAUGUGGAUUCAAAAUUGGCUUGCCUGUAGAAAGCAGAUGGUUGUGGUGGAGGGAGUGCAUUCAGAUUGGAGGGCUGUGACUAGUGGUGUCCCGCAGGGAUCGGUUCUGGGACCUCUACUUUUUGUGAUAUUUAUUAACGACUUAGAUGAGGGGUUGGAAGGCUGGGUUAGCAAGUUUGCAGGUGACACAAAGAUUGGUGGUGUUGUGGAUAGUGUGGAGGGCUGUAGAAGCUCGCAGAGGGAUAUUGAUAGGAUGCAGAGCUGGGCUGACAAGUGGCAGAUGGAGUUCAAUCCAGAGAAGUGUGAGGUGGUACACUUUGGAAGGACAAACUCCAAGGCGGAGUACAAGGUAAAUGGCAGGAUUCUGGGCAGUGUAGAGGAGCAGAGGGACCUGGGGGUUCAUAUCCACAGAUCACUGAAAGUUUUCUCGCAGGUGGAUAGGGUAGUUAAGAAAGCUUACGGGAUGUUAGUUUUCAUAAGUCGGGGGAUCAAGUUUAAGAGCUGCGAAGUGAUGAUGCAGCUUUACAAAACUCUGGUUAGGCCACACUUACAGUACUGUGUCCAGUUCUGGUCGCCUCAUCAUAGGAAGGAUGUGGAGGCAUUGGAAAGGGUGCAGAGGAGAUUUACCAGGAUGCUGCCUGGAUUAGAGAGUAUGGAUUAUGAGGAGAGACUAAAGGAGCUAGGGCUGUUCUCAUUGGAGAGAAGGAGGAUGUGGGGAGACAUGAUAGAGGUAUACAAGAUAUUUAGAGGAAUAGAUAGAGUGGACAGCCAGUGCCUCUUUCCCAGGGUGCCAAUGCUCAAAACAAGAGGACAUGGCUUUAAGGUAUUGGGUGGGAAGUUCAAGGGUGAUGUCAGAGGGAGGAUUUUCACCCAGAGAGUGGUCGGUGCAUGGAAUGCGCUGCCUGGGGUGGUGGUGGAGGCUGAUACAUUGGACAAGUUCAAGAGAUUGUUAGAUAAGCAUAUGGAGGAAUUUAAGUUAGAGGGAUAUGUGGGAGGAAGGGGUUAGAUAGUCUUAGGAGUGGUUUGAAGGGCGGCACAACAUGGUGGGCCGAAGGGCCUGUAUUGUGCCGUAUUGUUCUAUGGUUCUAAGUUUGCCACUAGAUACAACAUUUUAUGAAAUAUAUAAUUAAGAUCUUUUUAAGUGUCAGCUAAAAACCUGUUACAGUAUAAUCAUUCCUUUCAAAGGUAGAUGUGAACAGCUCGCCUGUAAUAAUUUUUAGGAGUAAUGAAAUGCAAAGGUUUCCCAGUCUCUGAACGUGAUGCUGUGAAAAUAGAACUAAACCUAAAGUAGCUUGACCAGCAAUUCUUAUUUACUUAUUGCUAAUGACUCUCAAACAAAACUGAAAAUCUUGAGUCAAGCUAGAAGCUGAACCUUCUGACAAUUCAGUCUAAUAGUCACCCCCUUUCUGGAAUACUCAAUGGAAUAAAGAAACAAAAAUGGGUCUUUUAGCCCCUCAAGCCUGAUCUUCAUUUACUUCUUAAACCUCAAAGCUGGAAGAUAUGUACAAUAAGGCUGAAGUCCAUGCAAAGUUGAAUAUGAUAAUCUAAACUAGCAUACUGCUGUUAGACCCCAAACAGUUUUCCAAGAGUGGAGAUUUACUUCACCCCAUGAAGACUCGUGCAUCAUCUGAUUUAACUGAGCAUCUCCUAGAUAGCAUCCUGGGGUUGUAUUUAAUAAUAAAAAAAAUUGUAGCAAGAUGAGUUGGGAUCAUCAGUAGGCAGAACAACACCUCUGAACAAAUGUUUAGCAAGUUGGCUGAAAUAAAUCAGUGAGACAGAUUUUGUCCCUCAGAUUCUGCUGCAUCGCCUGAGAGGGACCUGCCACAUCUACUGUUGCCUUGUGUGGAGAGACCUUGGUAAAAUCUUUGGUUGCAAGUUUAAGUGGGUAUUAGAGUAUCGGCCUCCCAUUGUCCUCCCUCCCUUACAUUUAACUCCAUUAACUUCAAUGGUGCCAAUGACAAAGACAAAUUUGUAGCCCCUUUAAAUUGUAAGUACAUGGGUUACAUUACUAUUCUGUGUCAAAUCUUCUUGUGUGUAAUCUUGCUUUGUGCCUUGAAAAAUAUUCCAGUUUUAAAAGUAACAGGCAUAAAAUACAGUGCCAGAAUUGUACUACUGCCUGGAAUUGGAGUGCCGUUUAACAUAAUAGUGUUGAUAUGGAUUUCAAAUUUUCAUAUAUGGUGAAUGUUCCCACACAGACUCAUGGAGAAAAAUGGUAUAGAUGCACUUAAGGGGUAGUUAGGUAUGUUACGUGAGGAAAAUGUGAAUGUAAGAUUAUACAUAGGGUAAACAUAAGAACAUAAGAAAUAGGAGCAGGAGUAGGCCGUCUGGCCCAUUGAGCCUGCUCUGCCAUUCAAUAAGAUCAUGGCUGAUCUGGCCGUGGACUCAGAUCCACCUACCUGCCUUUUCCCCAUAACCCUUAAUUCCCCUACUAUGCAAAAAUCUAUCUAACUGUAUUUUAAAUAUAUUUAAUGAGGUAGCCUCUGCUGCUUACCUGGGCAGAGAAUUCCACAGAUUCACUGCUCUCUGGGAAAAGCAAUUUCUCCUCAUCUCCAUCCUAAAUCUAUUCCCUCAAAUCUUGAGGCUAUGUCCCCUAGUUCUAGUCUCAUCUACCAGUGGAAACAACCUUCCUGCCUCUACCUUAUCUAUCCCUUUCAUAAUUUUAUAUGUUUCUAUCAGAUCCCCUCUCAUUCUUCUGAAUUCCACCAAGUAUAGUCCCAGGCAACUCAGUCUCUCCUCAUAGCUCAACCCCCUCAUCUCCAGAAUCAAUCUGGUGAAUCUCCUCUGCAGCGCCUCCAAAGCCAGUAUAUCUUUCCUCAAGUAAGGAGACCAGAACUGCACGCAGUACUCCAGGUGCGGCCUCACCAGUACCCUGUACAGUUGCAGCAUAACCUCCCUGCUCUUAAGUUCAAUCCCUCUAGUGAUGAAGGCCAGCAUUCCAUUUGCCUUCUUGAUAACCUGUUGCACCUGCAAACCAACCUUUGCAAUUAAUGCACAAGCACUCCCAAGUCCCUCUGCAUAACAGCAUGCUGCACUCUUUCACCAUUUAAAUGAUAAUCUGAUCUUCUAUUUUUCCUUACAAAGUGGAUGACCUUGCACUUACCAACAUUGUACACCAUCUGCCAGACCCUUGCCCACUCACUUAACCUCUUUAUAUAUCUCUCUGCAGACUCUCUGCAUCUUCUGCACAAUCUGCUUUUCCACUCAAUUUAGUGUCAUCAGCAAACUUAGAUACACUACACUCGGUCCCCUCUUCCAAAUCGUUAAUGCAUAUUGUGAACAUUCACGGGGCCAACACCGACCCCUGUGGCACCCCGCUCACCACUGAUUGCCAACCAGAGAAACACCCAUUUAUCCCAAGUCUCUGCCUUCUAUUGGUUAACCAAUCCUCUAUCCAUGCUAAUACAUUACUCCCAACUCCAUGCAUCCUUAUCUUAUGGAUAAGUUUUUAAUGUGGCACCUUAUCGUAUGCCUUCUGGCAAUCCAAGCACACAACAUCCACCUAUUCCCCUCUAUCCACUGCGCUCAUUAUAUCCUCAAAUGAAGAAAGGCUCUUGCAGAGCAUAAACACCAGCAUAGACCGCUUGUGCCAAAUGGCCUUUUUCUGUGCUGUAAGUAGUUUGUAAGCUAAUAGUAUGUGUGAAAUCUAGCAACACUGUGUUAUUGAUCUUAGUUUCAGCUAAGUAUUCACCAAAUCUAAUCAUCUAGUUCCACUGUGAGCAAAAGAAGCCAUUCACUUGUGACUGGAGUUUGAAAUCUAAGUGCUUGCCCUGCACUGAGCAUGCAGUCGUCACAACAGCAAAGCCACUGUAACAUUGAAGGGAACAGGGAGGCCAUAUACAGGCAGGGUCUGGAUGUUAAUUUUUUGUGGAGAUGAUGCCAAACUGAUUACUGCAAAAUGCUUAUAUCCACAAAGAGGAAAAUAUUAGAUAAUCUUUUAUUGGUAUUAUCAUGUAUAUUUAUUUGGCAUUUGAAAAAUUUAGUAGCAGUAUUCCAGCUGAUCCUACCACUGAGAUAAUUCAAGUUAUGUUUUAUUAGUCAAUAGUAGUGACUGUGUCUGAUUGCUGCUGUCUUUAGAAAUAAAGUGUGCCUUGUACUGUAUUAUGAAGUAUAAACAGAAAAGGGAGUUUAUAGGAGAUGGUUGUUGAAGAUUAUGCGGCUUUGGUACUGAGUAGAUAUUAGGUAGCAUAGAACUGGCUACUCAUUACACACCCCAGUCAAUAAAAUGCAGUAAAUUGCUCCCAUUUUGCCCAUUGCAGGUCUCAGAUUACCAUGUCCCUGGCAGCUCUUUUGUUGAUGCUUCCCAAGCUUUCAAUCCUUUGUCUUUCACACCUUGUCUCCACACUGGCGCAGUGAUGUAGCACACAUUCCUUUACUCACUUCAGCAAGCCACUGCUGCUUGAUAUGGCCAUACUGCACGACUUCAGUCUGUUCUUUUCACUCCUUUCUGUGCCCUGCUUCCAUAAAGCAUCUGCUUCUGCAAAUGUAGCUGACCAAUACUAACAACAUAUCCAGCUCAAGAGAGCUGAGCAUCAUAGCUCUAUAUUGCUAUUGUCACCACCCUCCAAUGUUUUGGUAUCAUUGAUCUUGACCUCCCACUUAAAAUUAAGUAAGAUGCAAAGGUGGCAUUGGAGUCUUUCCAGUGGUUAAAUAUCCAUGUUGCACUUACAAAGGUCAGUCAACCUUCAGUUUGGUGGCAACCCUGAUAACCACUUUGAUGAACCACUUUGACCAAAGGCCUCUGAAAGAAAUCAAUUGCAUAUUGAUCCUUGUGCUAUCUCCCAGCAGACUUCCCCAAGACAGAUGCACUCCUUGAUCAAGCUCAAUUCAAAUUGACCACUAAUAAUCGAUGCUUCAACAUGUGGUUUCCCAGGAGUCAGUUUAUGCACUGGUUCUGCAUUCUUCAGACUAAUUGUGAGCCCAGAGCUGUGAAUCCAAAUCUCACCAGCUGAUUUUCAUUUUUGUUUUAUGCAACAACAAUACGCUCAAGUUGUAUAACAUUUGGAGAGCUGACUGAAGCUUGUAACUAAAAUAGAUCACACAGUUUACCUUUACUUGAAUUCAUUUCACAGUCUACAUGAAGAUGCACAGUUGCAACUUCUAACAUAACCCUGUAAUAGAGUGCAAGUAGAACAGAGUCUAUUACAUGUCCUUAUUUCCCAAUGUUCCAAAUCGGUUGCACAACAUGUUGUCAAUACACCCUCUGCCACCUGUCCACCGUUCCAACCCCACCAUCAUGGAUUUGUGUCAGAACAAGCAAGGAACGUAGAACAUAAAACAGUACGUAGAACAUAAAACAGUACAUAGAACAUCGGCCCACAAUGUUGUUCCGACAUAGCUAAUCCCUUCUACCUGCAGGACUUGUCUGGAUGACUAUAUUUCCUCAUAGGCUUCCAAGCUGCUUGAAUGCUCCUAAUCAUUUGCCUGGCAUCAUCCAAAGAAGGAUGAUUUAUUAUCUGCACAAAAGCUAAUCUCGUUUUAGAUUUGCUUUCAUGUUUUCAGAGAGUUUUUUUUGUACAGUUUCACUACAGAUUUGAAUAAUUAAGAAAGUGGGAAUUUGAACAAAAUGUUAAUCACUGAUUUACACAGGGGCACACAGAAUUUCUGAGCCAACCUUUAUUCUGAUUAAUGUCCAAUAUUUCUUGGCAACCUUGUAAAGAACUUUUCACAAUUCAGUUGCUUUUCAUGGUCACCUCUUCCUUGCUGUGAGACAAGGUGUUAACUGGACAAAAGAUGAAUAAAAUGUUCUUAUUGAGAAACACCUUUAACAUGGCAAAUCUCGUGUGUUUGGGAAAGAACAUGUGACUUUAAAUCCAGUUGUGUUUCUGGGCUUUAAGUCUGUAUCUGUUGUUGACUAACUGAUAGAGAUUGAUAGUUGUGAUUAGUCAGCCAUGCCAUCAUUGGUGUAUCAUUUGACCAUCAAUGUGCAUCUUUGUUUUUUUCCCUCUGAUGAUUCCUACUUACCUGACGUGAUCUCACGGCCUUGCAAUCAAAUCCAUAGUUACUGUGCAAAUAGAAAAGUUGUAUCAGUAUUUCUUUUAGCCUUGCAUUCUCUUUACCAAUAGACACCUUCAAGGUGCUGCAUUCUGUUGGGUAAAACCUGUUCGAAAACUUUUCAUGUUUGAAUUAAUUUUAUUAAUGUUAUUUUCAUUUUUUUAAUCUUUGCUAAGCUGUGCGUCGCUGAGAAAAGACGGAAUGGAAAAGUGGGAGGAGUGGAGGGGUAUGUAGGGGUGGAGGCAGGUUUGUAGAGAAACCUUGUCCCUUUGUAAUUGGGGUGAAAGGUUUGGGCUUGUUCAUUCUGUUCAAAAUGACAAGAUAGUAUUUUUCAAUGAGCAACAAAUAAACUGCUGGAAGAACAGUUCAAGCAGUAUCUGUGGAGGCAAAGCAAUGAUCGAUGUUUCAGGUCAAGCCCCUGCAUCAGGACUGAUACAGGAUCUCGACCCAAACAUCAAUCAACCCUUUGCCUCCACAGAUGCUGCUUGACCCACUGUUUCUUCCACUAGUUUAUUUUUUCCUCCAGAUUCCAGCAUCUGCAGUCUCUUGUGUCUCCAGUAUUUUUCACUGCUGAUUCCUGGCUUUCACUGACACACUGAGAAAGUACACCAGCAACAUCUAGUGGCACAAAUGAAAACAGCAACAACAAACAUGUUACUUAAAGGCCAAUUGUAUUUCAAAGUACAUAAUAGUUGUUUUGCUCCAGUAAGCUAAAGCCUGGUCAGUGGAAUUUCUUUAGACAUGAAUUUAUUGAGUUUAAGAUAUUUUAAAGAAAAUUCAAACCUGCAGUGCUAAAGGGAUUAAUAGAAAUCUAACCAUGCAGGUGCAUUUGUGAGAUUUGUUUGUGUAUUUCCAUGCACUCUUUUGCAGAUAAUAAACUCAAAGCAAAGUUAGAAAAAUUAUAUUUACUUGCAGCUCAGUUGGCAUAUUAGUCAUCACAACUUGGUUUCUUCAGGAACUGAUAUCAUCACUGUACUGGCCUACAAUUCAAACACUGUUAAUUGGUGAAGAUUGAUUGAAACUAAUUGUCUUAAUGACUGUUGCAAUCCUUUGACGUUUUGUGGUUUUUCUGUCUAUUGUCAUAGCAACCAGUGCAUGUGCAUUAUUGAGCCACAAGAGUAAUUCAAUUGCUUGGCAUCUAAGAAAUAAAAAGCCCAUGUACUGUUUUCAUUUGAA